CCAAUGGCCACCAACACACACACACACACACACACACACACACACCAAGCGAUCGAGAAACCAAUCGAGAGUGCAGCCUGAAGCAAGCUAUAUAUUCCAGUUAGCUCAGAGACCAUCAUCACGGUCAUGGGGUGCCUUGUUAUGGUCACCAUACUGCAAGUGUGCUUGAUCAUCAGUGCCGCCGCCGCUGGCCCGCGCAAGAUGGCGAGGCUGGUGCCGGCGAUGUACGUGUUCGGGGACUCGACGCUGGACGUGGGCAACAACAACUACCUGCCGGGGCCGAACGUGCCCAGGGCCAACACGCCCCUCAACGGCGUCGACUUCCCCGGCGGCGCCCGGGCGACGGGGCGGUUCAGCAACGGCUACCACGUCGCCGACUUCAUCGCAAUAAAACUGGGACUGAAGGAGAGCCCGCCGGCGUACCUGUCGCUCGCGCCACGCCCCAGCGACCUGCUCCUCAGCGCUCUCGCCACAGGCGUGAGCUAUGCUUCUGCCGGAGCCGGCAUCCUGGACUCCACCAACGCGGGGAACAAUAUCCCGCUGUCGAAGCAGGUGCGGUACAUGGAGUCAACCAAGGCCGCCAUGGAGGCCAGGGUGGGCAAAGCCGCGGCGCGCCUCCUGCUCUCGAGGUCCUUCUUCCUCUUCAGCGUCGGCAGCAACGACAUCUCCGUGUUCGCGGCCGCGCCGGGCGACGUCGCCGCGCUGUAUGCCAGCCUCAUCUCCGGCUACUCCACCGCCAUCACGGACCUGUACGGCAUGGGCGCGAGGAAGUUCGGGAUCGUCAACGUGGGGCUGCUGGGCUGCGUGCCGGCGGCGCGGGCUCUCAGCGCGACGGGCGCGUGCAACGACGGGCUCAACCAGUUGUCGGCCGGCUUCAACGACAAGCUCAGGUCCCUCAUGGCCGGCCUCGCCGCCCGGCUGCCGGGCCUCGACUACUCCCUCGCCGACAACUACAACCUCUCACAAGUCACCUUCGCCAACCCAGCGGCAUCCGGGUACGUGAACAUAGACAGCGCGUGCUGCGGGAGCGGGAGGAUGGGGGCGGACAGCGACUGCCUGCCUAACUCCACGACGUGCGCCGACCACGACCGCUUCGUCUUCUGGGACCGGGGGCAUCCCUCGCAGCGCGCCGGAGAGCUCAGCGCCGCCGCAUACUUGGACGGAGCGGCCGGGUUCACCGCGCCCAUCAGCUUCGACCAGCUGGCCCGCAAAGAUUUAGCUAUCCAGCUAGGGUGCCACUCCACACGCGCAUGCUAUGCACUCCGCACGUUCAUCCACUUGUUUUUUCACAGAUAUAGUAUAAAGCUGCUACUCCUAGUAGAUUAAUUAAUAAUUAGCCGCGCAACAGAGUGAUUCAGAGUGUCAGAAGGCGAAAUAUAUGUGCAAGCACAGUCAGGAAUCUCUGUCUGGCUCUGAUGUUAGCGCAGGGAAAAAUAAACAACACUACACCAGGUUUCUCCUCAA